AUGCCAUCAAGCUGGAUUGUGGCCCCGAGCCUGACUUACGAACAGGGUGGACCAAUCGUGAUUGGAAACAUUAUCAAAGAUCCUCUGGCUGCACAUAAAGCCCUCAUUCGCCACGACCAGGAAUCACUUGAGCGUGAUUUUCCGCCGAUCUCUACCGUGAAACACAGCGAGCGCGAGAUGUCGACGGACAAUGAGAUCCGUCACGUCCGCCGCGCGAUGAAGACGAAGAAACUCCCGCUGGUUUACUUGGUUGUCGGAAUUAUGAUUGGAAAAGACAUUGCCACCAAGAAAGAAUCUAAUGCUGAGGUUUCCUUGAGUGGCCAUGUCAAACUAAUUGCUGAUACUGGAGUCGAUGCAGGAGCAACUCGGGCUACUCUUGAUUCUGUCAAGAUUGAAGAUGAAAUCAUAUUUGCCUACCAGUUAGUCAAACUUGAAGUGGAGGGGUUUGAUAAGGUUAUCAAAACCACCGAUUUCCACCACCCAUCCGCAAGAGUGAUUGAGGUUUGA